AUUAAUAUGGAGAUGUAUAAGCUUUUCUUAAUUACGAAUAUCCCUUAGCUUCAAAGUCAAGAACAAUUCUAGAAACCCCACAUUAUUUCUUACUUUAAUUAAUUUAUCAUCCAAAAGUGGGGAACCACAAUCAAACAAAAGUAAGAAAAACCAAACAAUAAAUAUCUAUCACGGAACUCAAUUUCCUAAAGAAAACAACAAAUAUACACACAUCCACCAAACGAUCACACUUAAUAUUGCCUUAACUUCAAAGCUAAGCUCACACUACAAUAUUCUUUCAUAAUUUGUUUCAAGAACUACAUCAUCACCUCACUGUCAUCAUCAUCACCAAAACACAUAAAAACACCUCCUAAAGCUUCCCAUCCAAUUCAUCCCCAUUUUCUUCCUCUCUCUCUCUCAUUCUCAUUUCUCUUCCACACCUACCAUGUAUCUCCUCUUCUUCUUCCUCUUCCUCUUCUCCAAGUUUCCCAAUUUAUCAUUCUCAUCUCAUUGCACCACUAUCGCCGCAACAAAAACUUUCCAAAAAUGUAUGACGCUGCCAACCCAACAAGCCUCCAUUGCAUGGACCUUCCAUUCCCACAACCACACCUUAGACCUAGUCUUCUUCGGCACCUUCAUAUCUCCAUCCGGCUGGGUCGGAUGGGGAAUAAACCCUACAUCCCCCGAGAUGACCGGAACACGAGCUCUCAUUGCCUUUCCGGACCCAAACUCCGGUCAAGUCGUCUUGCUGCCCUACAUAUUAGAUCCGACCGUGAAGCUCCAGCGCAACCCUCUCCUCUCCCGUCCUCUAGACAUCCAUCUCCUCUCCUCCUCCGUCACUCUCUACGGCGGCAAAAUGGCCACCGUCCACAACGGAGCCGCCGUCCAAAUCUACGCCACCGUGAAGCUGUCAUCAAACAAAACCAAGAUCAACCACGUAUGGAACCGAGGACUCUACGUCCAAGGCUACUCGCCAACCAUCCAUCCAACAAGUGCAAACGACCUCUCUUCCAUUGCCACCGUAGACGUCCUCUCAGGCUCAUCAGCAACACAGCGCAGCACAAGCAUCCAAACCCUCAAAACAGUCCACGCCGUCAUCAACGCCGUCUCGUGGGGUAUCCUCCUCCCGAUCGGAGCGGUAACGGCACGUUAUCUCCGCCACAUACAAAGCCUAGGUCCCGCAUGGUUCUAUGCGCAUGCAGGAAUCCAACUAUUCGGUUUCUUCCUGGGCACGGUAGGGUUUGCGAUAGGCAUAAGGCUAGGGGAACUGUCACCGGGGGUUCAGUACAGCCUCCACCGGAAGCUGGGCUUCGCGGCGUUCUGUUUAGGAGCUCUGCAGACGCUGGCGCUGCUGUUCAGGCCAAAGACGACCAACAAGUUCAGGAAGUACUGGAAAUCUUACCACCAUUUUGUUGGGUAUGCGUGCGUGGUGAUUGGGGUGGUGAAUGUGUUUGAGGGUCUUGAAGUGAUGGGUGAAGGGAGGUCGUAUGGGAAGUUGGGGUACUGCCUGUGCUUGUCCAGCUUGUUGGGGGCCUGUAUAGCUCUGGAAGUGAAUUCUUGGGUGGUUUUUUGUAGGAAAGCUAAGGAGGAGAAGUUGAGGAGGGAAGGUUUGAUUGGUGGGUCUGAUAAAGGCAGUGGUAUUAUGCAUAGUAGGUAGUGUUAACUAUAUAUAUAUAUAUAUAUAUUUGAAAGUUUUAUUUUUAAUAUUUUAUCCUUUUUUUUUUUUUUUUUUUUUUGAGGAGUGAGUGAGUGAGUGAAUCGAAUACAUUUAUGUAUAAUUUUGGGCAAAAAUAUAUAGAUGGAGAUUUUUUUUUUUUUUUUUAAGUAAGUGUUCAUCGUUGCAAUACUUUAGGGACCAAAAAAAAAAGGAAAGGAAGAAGAAGAAGAAGAAGAAUGAUUACUCUUUUUUAAGUAAGAAAAUAAAAAUAAAAUAAAAAGCCUAAAAAAUCGAUAGAGAUGUCAAGAAUGGGAUUCGAACCCAUGCCCUUUCGGACCAGUACCUGAAACUGGCGCCUUAGACCAACUCGGCCAUCUUGACGAUUGAGUAUGGUUUUCUCAAAAAUAUGUAAUGAAAUAAUUUCUACAAAUUAUCAUACAUUUUGAAUUUAUUUGUUUUUUCAGUUGGAAAAGAACUAUAAAAGUAAAUGCAGCCUUCAUUUUCAAGGUAAUGACUCCAUUAGACUCUGUGUAUGUGUAUGUGUGUGUGUGUGUGUGUGUAUUAUAUAUAUUUCAC